UUUUCGUUCGAAAGCGGUUUAGAAAGCCCUAGCCUCUUGCUCGUCGCUCCUCCGUGGAUCUAUCAUAACUGAAGAGAGGGCGAGAAAAACCAUUCACCAUUCUUUUCCCUGGAUAGAGUUCCGAGGAAGGAAGCUACAGACGCCUAGGCUCCGGAGGUCCGUAAUUCUUACCAGGAGCAAACGGCAGCUGUGGUGGACUGUGUUGGUAGUGGUGGUGUUGGUUCUGCCAAACACUUGUGAUUGGAAAAUUAGGGAAAUAUUCGAAGAUGAGCCAGCGCAGCAGGAGCAGGAGUCCGCGGGAUCGCAGGAUUCGUACAGAACGAUUUUCCUACCGUGAUGCGCCUUACAGGAGAGACUCACGUCGGGGGUUCAGCCAAGGCAAUCUGUGCAAAAAUUGCAAGAGGCCUGGUCAUUAUGCAAGAGAAUGCCCUAAUGCUGCAGUGUGUAACAAUUGCGGUCUUCCUGGGCACAUCGCAUCAGAAUGCACAACCAAGUCUUUAUGUUGGAACUGUCGAGAGCCUGGCCACGUGGCCAGCAACUGUCCAAACGAGGGUAUCUGCCACACUUGUGGCAAAGCUGGCCAUCGUGCCAAAGAUUGUUCGGCUCCUGAGCUGCCACCUGGUGAGUUGAGGCUAUGCAACAACUGCUAUAAGCAAGGCCAUAUAGCUGCUGAUUGCACAAACGACAAGGCAUGCAAUAACUGCAGGAAGACAGGCCACUUAGCUCGAGACUGCCAGAAUGAACCUGUUUGCAACUUGUGCAAUAUCUCUGGGCAUGUUGCUAGGCAAUGCCCCAAGGCUGACAUUCUUGGUGAGAGGGCUGCUGGGGGUCGAGGUGGUGGUUAUCGAGAUGUAAUCUGCCGGAGCUGCCAUCAGAUGGGCCACAUGAGCAGGGAUUGUAUGGGCCCGUUGAUGAUUUGCCACAACUGUGGUGGUCGAGGACAUAUGGCAUUCGAGUGCCCAUCUGGGAGGUUUUUGGACCGUGGUCCUCGAAGGUACUGAUGGGAUGGGGGAAACUUGCAGCGUGGGUCAAUGGGAGACGAUAUAAUCUUGUUGGCUCUAUCUACCUUUGAGUCCUUUUGGUUGUUAAUUUUGAAGUUCAUAACAUUGACGGUUUGGUGGAUUUCGGCAAGCUUUUCCAUUAAGUGAGAUUUAGCAUGUCUGCAUCUUCGGCUUACUUGAAAUUAUAGUAUGGAUUUAUACAUUACAUUUAUGUUACUGUUAGUGAACUAAUUUGCCCUGUGUCUCAUGACUUCCUCCUCCCUUGACCUACCCACUUUUUGGAAUCAUUGAUGUAUUUUUGUUGGGCUGGUUGCCUUUUUUACUAACUUUGAUCUGUAUUUGAAAUCCUCUACGGGCGUUGAGUCUUUGGGUCGAAGCAGGAGAAUGAAGGAGCUUUUAUUUGAUCCUUU